CUCCGUUCUAUAGUGUCGUUUUGGAAAAUUGUAUCAGACGCUCAGCAUGAAAACGGACCACUUGUCGCAGCCCUUCCCAUCCGUUGACUUCUGCAGCAAUGGCUUUCCACAUCCUGGGCACCGUCAAGGACAACUGGUACAUGUUUAGUCCAGUUGAACGUCGCAAUAUCGCCAUCUAUAUUCUCGGAAUUAUGCUCUAUAAGUUUGGCCUCGAAGCUUUUAACGGAUCAGUUGUUGCCCUCGCCACCAAUCGAUAUGACUACGACGCUUUCAAAACCCACUCUCAUCCCAAAACCUUCGAACGCGUUGGACUUCUCACCGGCCUCAACCAGGCAUUCCAAUGCAUCGGCUCCAUCCUUAUCGCGCCUCUUGUCAGGAGGGCAUCCUCAAGGGUGGUUUUGGCCGUAGCAAUUUUCGUCUUCGGCCUUUUCACUGCCCUCCUCCUCGUCCUAGAUGCCAGCACCGGCGGGACGUUUGUCCCUGUCGAGUUUCGGAAGCAUCACCCCAGCAUGGACUUCCAUUACUAUGGCCACUAUGACACGGAUGGCAUGAUUCCCAUCUAUUGUGUCACUGGAGUUGUAUAUGGUAUGGUCGAGCUCAUUCGCCGAGUUAUCCCCAGAGAUAUUGUUGGUGGAAAUGUACAGAAGCUCCGACGCAUGGACUCGCUUGUCCACGUUUUCUAUGAAAUAUCGGGCACCGCUGGAGCGUUUUGUACGGCCCUCGCUUUGAUUCCGCAACUUGGAAAUAACUACUCCUUCAUCAUCACCCCCGUAUGCUUCUGCCUCGCGGGAUGUGUGUGGCUGUGUAUUACCGACACAACCUUCCAACAGCCUGCAAGGGAAAAGCUGCUUUCGGAUCAACCAACAUACAUCAAGGCAGUCUUUGGCUCGUUCUAUCUCUUCGGAGAAUCCCUCUGGACCGGAGCGAAACUUAUCCUCUGUAACCGAAGAUUCGUCUGGCUCAUACCAGGUUACUCCAUUGCCUUUUACGGCCACAGAUAUCUUGAAAACUCAAUUGCACCAGCCGUCGCUAGAAGAUACCUCGGUCACUCCGCUUGGUCUCAGGUCAUUGUCGGCGGGUCAAACUUGGGCGAAUUGCUCGGAGCUGCAUUCGUGUUCUUAUUUACCAACCUCAUCACCACACCCAUCCCUUGGAUACGCGUUGACGCUAUUAUGCUCCUUAUCCUUUGGUACCUGCCAUUCUGGCAUCCACCGGCCAACGAUGUUCGAUACGCAUGGAUAGUCAGCGCCACCUUCCUACCGAUAUCAUUUGGCUGGGCUGCCGGCGACGUCUCACUUGCGGCCUACAUCCAGGCGACGCUCGCACGCGUUGAAUCGAAAACGAAAAACGUCUCUGCCCUCGGCGCGGUCAUGGCAUGUCUUUAUACGACGUAUAUCGUUAUUUACGCAAUUAGUUCCCCAAUAUUGGGCCAAUACAUCGACGAUGUCUAUAUUCGAACCGGUGGUAGCAAAGGGGAUGGAAAUAUCCAUAGUGCGAUACUCAAUGUUGCUGCCAUACAAUAUUCAGUCAUGGCAUUUGUCAUCUUUGUUUCAACAUUUGUUCCACAGGGUUCCUUUGCAUUGAACCCCAAGCUCCUAUUCGACCAGAAUCUUGACUCCGACGUGGAGGUCUGCGAAAUCGGAUCGGUCGAGAUGAAGAAGAGCAUGGACCGGAGAAAUACCACUGGGGGGCACAGCGAUGCACGCGAUUCGUGGUAAAUCACACAUUUCAUUUCCUUUUAUCACACUAAGCCUCUCGAGCUGUAAUGAACGCGGCUUUCGAGAAUUAUACUGAAACCAGUCUACCACGCGGUACACCUACAUAUCUCUACUUCUCGAUUUCUUUACGCCGAAACUCCUCCUGAUUCCUUCCUUUCAUGACUUCCUACUCUCCGCCCUCUAGUAUCUUUUAUUUAUCGCCUAAUACCCCAUGAUUUUACCUCACACCUAUGUUCACAUACUCUGUUAGCAUUUGCCGAAAUGGCAUAUGGCGCAGGUUUGAAUUUUUUUUUUUUUUUUUUUAUGUAUGGAAACCUCUUUUUAGCCGGUCUUUCAUUUUGGACCAUUAUGUAUUUAUUGGAGGAGCUUU